AUGGAAGAAGGGGGGAGCAGUGGGUCUUAUUCUGAUGAGCAAGAAGACUGGCUUACUGCUUUUCUCUCUCAGGGCGGUUUUCGGAGGCUGCUCGUAGAAGUACCGGAAUACUAUCUGGAAGAUAACCUAGCCCUUUAUGGUUUAGAGCCGGAGAUCAAGCACUUUUCAGAAGCACUAAAGCUCAUUCGCAACGAACCGCAAACCACGGAUGUCGACGAGAUGGCUGUUUCAAAGGCUGCAGCGCUUCUCUAUGCUCAUAUCCAUGCCAGGUACAUUUUGACGCCUCAAGGGCUUGAGGAUGUAAGACAGAAGUAUGAGCGUUGCGAAUAUGGUAAGUGUCCUCGCUACCUGUGCAGUGGACAGCGGCUACUUCCCUACAGUGCCGUUGAAAAACCAGGAAAGGAUGUACUGCGUUGCUUUUGCCCUGCCUGCCAUAAGCUAUACAAGCUCUAUAACACGGAUCCUGAGUUCUUUAUAGAUGGUUGCUUCUAUGGCCCUUCUCUGGUGCCAAUGUUUAUCCUCACCUACCCAAAUAUUAUGCCCCCGCCAAGCCAACAGUACAUACCAACACUUUACGGAUUUAAACUUUUCAAUAAGCAAUCUCGUGGGAAGAAUAUUCAUCCAGCCAUAACUUUUCUAAAGUCUAAAGAUCCUCAUUUUGCUAAACUAAUGAACAGAAAAUAUAUAGAGUGUAACGAAACUGAAAGUAAACAGUAG